AUGUCACGCCGUAUUACCAGAGAUAGCCAAACGGAGUCGUUAUCUCUCGAGCCUCUGGUCAUUAUCUAUCUAUCUAGCUAUCUAGCUAUCUAUCUCAAUCAUUCCAUAUUUAUCUAUCUACGCGGUCACAAAGACACAUCGUACGCGGCUGAUACUACGGUAUUAGAAUACUUUCUUUCUCUCUCUCUCUCUCUCUCUCUCUCUCUCUCUCUCUCUCUCUCCUCCUCUUCUCCUAGACCUUCCUUAAUUCUUUUCUCCUUUUCAUUCUUUCUUUCAUUUCUUUCUUCAUUCGUUCAUUUUUCUUCCUUCAUUUUUUUCUUUCUUUCUUCAUUUUUUUCAUUCUUCUAUUCAUUCCUUUCUUCCUUCCUUAAUCCGUUUCUUCUUUCAUUCUUCCUUUCAUUUCUUUUUCUUUUCUUUCUUUCCUUUCAUCCUUCCUUCUUUCAUUUCUUCAUUCCUUUCUUUCUUUCUUCUUUCCCUAAUUCAUCUCUGCUUUUAGUUCUUUCUUCCUCUCUUCAUUCAUUUCUUCAUUCUUUCCUUAAUACCUUUUUCAUUUCUUCUUUUCUUUCUUUCUUUCUUUCUUUCUUUCUUUCUUUCUUUCUUUCUUCCUUGAUUCAUUCAUUCCUUUUCUUUCUUCCUACAUUCCUUCCUUUCUUCAGUCCCUCCUUUCUUGUUUCCUUCCUCUCGUUUUUAUUCCUUCCUUCCUUCCUUCCUUCCUUCCUUCCUCCCUUCCUUCCUUCCUUCCUUCCUUCCUUCCUUCCUUCCUUCCUUCCUUCCUUUCCUUUCCUUUCCUUAAUUCCAUUCUGUUUUGCUUCUUUUCUUUCUUUCUUUCUUUCUUUCUUUCUUUCUUUACACUGA